UUUACACAAUUUCAUCUGAUUCCUGACGAACUGAAUGCAAAACAGGACGAUAGUCGAUUUUUCUUAAUACUCUUUAGAAAUUGAAGGUGUCUUAAAUGGAAAGAGAGGGAGAUAUUUUGUAACAAAUCUUAGAAAAAGAUAAUUCUGCAAAAAAAAAAAAAAAAAAGAAUCAGAAAGGAAUUGGUAGAGAAGAGUUUCGUCAUCUCUCGCUCAAAAAUUGUCUGUGUAAUCCACACCUGUCAAAGGAGACGCGCUGGCACGUACUAUAUAUACAUCCACAGUAGUCUCUCUCACUCUUCAGGUGCCAACGGCGGGAAAUCAAUUUUUCGUUCCGCCAUUGAAAAACCCUAAUAAAAAAUACCUCAUUCCCCACAGGGGGGUGAAGAAGAAAAAACUGGGAAAAGAUUCCACCUGUUCUCUCUUUCGCUUCCCGGUUUUCUAGCCAUGGCUGCUGAUGCAUUACCUGAAAACGGCGGCGCCAAGCUGAGCGAUGACGACGAAUUUCACAGGGGGGGCGCGCCCCUCAAGUACAUCCCGCUCUGCGACGUGUACUCUGCUACCUCUCCCUGCGUCACGGCCUCCGGAUCGAAGAAGGUCAAGGCUGCUGCCCGCAAACCACCCCAAACGAACGGCCAUGAUCAAUUCAGGAAGCGCCCGAUCACGUCGGAGACUCACUUCGCUAUAGUUUACUCGAGGCGGCGGAAGAGGGCGGAGAGCUCCAAUUUUCUGAAGGGGCUGCUUUUGGAGGGUUUAGAUGUGGAAUUGGACGUUGAUGGAAGGGGAGACGGGGGUGGCAUUAAGCGGAGGAGAAUGGGGCGUGAGGCCAAGGCGGAGGCCGUGGAACUGGGAAUUGAUUGUAGGUUGUCGGGAGAAUCAGAUGAUCCAACGUCGUUGAGUGAUGAUCUUGACAAAACUAAUUGUAAAAAUGCUAGGGAAAGUAGGAAUGUGUGUAAGACUGUUAAUAAUACCAAGACGAAAAAACGAAAAAAAGAUUCUUUGGAGAGUGAUGUAAAGAAUUCAGGAGCUCUACGGACAAAGAAAUGGGUCUGGCUGAGUUUCGAGGGAGUUGAUCCAAAGAAGUUCAUUGAGUUACAAUGCAAGGUGUACUGGCCACUGGAUGCAAGCUGGUAUUCUGGCCAUAUAACGGGGUACAAUUAUGAGACUGGUCGGCACCAGGUGAAGUAUGAGGAUGGAGAGCAAGAAGAUCUGGUUUUAUCUAAUGAACGUAUAAAGUUUAAUGUCUCUUUCAAGGAGAUGCAAAGUAUGGAGUUGAAGUUAUGUAAGAAGAGCUCCGAAGCUGAUGAACUUGAUACUAACGAGAUGGUGGUUUUGGCCGCUAGUUUAGAUGAUGAUUGCCAAGAGAUUGAGACUGGAGAUCUAAUUUGGGCUAAACUUACUGGACAUGCUGUAUGGCCGGCAAUUGUUUUAGAUGAAUCUCAUGUGGGUAAACACAAGGGAUUAAGCAAAAUUUCCGGAGAAAAGUCUGUCGUUGUUCAAUUCUUUGGCACCUAUGAUUUUGCUAGGGUUGCCCGGAAACAAGUUAUCUCUUUCCUCAAGGGCCUUCUUUCGUCCUGUCAUUCAAAGUGCAAGAAACCGACUUUUGUUCGAGGAUUGGAGGAGGCAAAAGUAUAUCUUAGUGAACAGAGGCUACCAGAGAGAAUGCAGCAGCUGCGAGAUGGUGUUGACAGUGAUGCAAAUGAUAAUAGAAGUGGGGAGAAUGAAGAUGGUGCUGACUCAGAUGGUGAGUCCAUGAGUCAUGAUGAGAUACUUAAGAAACUUGAUGAUCUCAAAAGCUGCCCAUUGGAAGAUGGAGAGUUGCAAAUAGUAAGCCUUGGAAAGAUUGUCAGAGACUCCAGUAAUUUCCAAAAUGAGAAAUUCAUAUGGCCUGAGGGAUACACUGCUGUGAGGAUGUUUACAUCUUUGACAGAUCCAACUGUGCAUACUAUGUAUAAGAUGGAAGUACUGAGAGAUGUUGACUCACGGACCAGGCCUCUAUUUAAAGUUACAGGAGAUAAUGGAGAAGAGUUCAAUGGACCAACUCCAUCAGCUUGCUGGAAUAAAAUUUACAAAAAGAUCAGGAUUGUGCAAAUCAGAAAUAAAGACUAUAAAGCUGAUCAGAAUUUUUCCUCUGGUUCUUGUAUGUUUGGUUUUUCCCACCCAAAAGUUUCCAGACUCAUAAAGGAGAUGUCCAAUUCCCGAUCAGCUGCGAAAUCUUACCAGUUGUCCAAGAAAAUGAAAAACUCAUCUACUGGUUACAGACCUGUUACAGUUACAUGGAUGGACCUUGACAAGUGCAAUGUCUGCCAUAUGGAUGAGGAGUACGAGAACAACUUAUUUCUUCAGUGUGACAAAUGCAGGAUGAUGGUGCAUGCUAGAUGUUAUGGAGAACUAGAGCCCACUGGUGGAGUGCUUUGGUUAUGUAACUUAUGCCGUCCAGGAGCUCCUGAAUUACCUCUAUGCUGCCUUUGUCCUGUAGUAGGGGGUGCUAUGAAACCCACCACUGAUGGCCGUUGGGCUCAUCUGGCUUGCGCCAUAUGGAUUCCAGAAACAUGUUUGUCAGACGUUAAAAAAAUGGAACCCAUUGAUGGGCUUUGUCGAAUCAAUAAGGACCGGUGGAAGCUAUUGUGUAGCAUCUGUCAUGUUUCUCAUGGAGCGUGCAUCCAGUGCUCCAACCAUAAUUGUCGUGUGGCAUACCAUCCCCUCUGUGCACGUGCCGCCGGCUUUUGCCUUGAGCCUGAGGACAUGGAUAGAGUACAUGCUGCUCCUCUCGAUGAGGAUGAGGAGUAUCAGUCCAUUCAGUUUAUUUCUUUCUGUACGAGACACAGGCCCAAGUCUAAUGAACAACCUUCUGACAAACGAAUUGUUCGAAAAGCCAGUGAAGAUGAACAUGCUGAAUAUGUUCCACCUAUAAACCCUAGCGGUUGCUCUCGUACUGAAAUUUAUGAUUACACGAAGAAGCGGGCAAACAAUGGACAAGAUGGUCCUUCAUCAAAGCGCUUGUAUGUGGAGAAUGUGCCACAUAUACCAGGUGGGUUCAGCCGUCAUAUGUCCUUGUGGAACAAAAUGUGCUCCAAUGAACCUGGUACUUCCAAGCACUCUGUAGACCUUCUGAAGUUAAGAAGCUUGCAACUUCAGCCGUCUGGCGAGAUUCUUUCGGUUGCUGACAAGUACAACUACAUGAGGCAGACCUAUAGGAGGAGACUGGCAUAUGGGAAGUCUCGUAUACAUGGUUUUGGUGUCUUCACUAAACUUCCAUAUAGAGCUGGAGACAUGGUGAUUGAGUAUACUGGGGAACUUAUUCGGGCUUCAGUAGCCGACAGAAGAGAACAUUUGUCGUACAAUAAAUUAGUGGGGGCGGGAACUUAUAUGUUCCGGAUUGAUGAUAACCGUGUUAUAGAUGCUACCAAGGCGGGAAGCAUAGCACAUUUAAUUAAUCAUUCAUGCGAACCCAACUGUUAUUCAAGAGUUAUUAGUGUGAAUGACCAUGACCACAUAAUAAUAUUCGCAAAGCGAGAUAUUAAUUGUGGCGAAGAACUAGCAUAUGAUUACAGAUUUUUUUCAAUUGGUGAACGAUUAGCUUGUCAUUGUGGAUCGUCUAGAUGCCGGGGUAUAGUGAAUGAUGUUGAGUCCGAAGAAAGAGUAAAAAAGCUAUAUGUACCGCGCAGCGAAUUGACAGAUUGGAAAGGAGAAUAAAAGAGUAGCUCGCUCGGUUUUGGUGCACCAUGGAAUCGGAGAAGAGUAGGAAGAUGUUACCGUGGUGGCCAUCGAAAUGUUGUACCUUAUUAUUGCCCACAACUACAGUAUAUUGCUACACAGGACCAAUAAUGAUUCUCAAUUCUUAUUUAAUUCUCACGUCUGUAAAAAGAAAAGCACUGUAUAUUGCUAUCAGUUGGCAGCAAUGCACAAUGCUUGUAAUUUUUUCUUCUUUUAUUGAAAAGAAACCACAGUUUAGGUAGUA